AUGAUCCGUCGGCAAACACAGGAUCUAGAUGUCCUUUUAGUGUCAAUGGUUGAUGCUUCUGCUCGCGAUCUGACCAACGUAGAAGCUCUAAGAACGUUGGUGGUGGGGUCAUCAGUUUCGGUCAAGAUCCAAACUCCUUGGGAGAACACAUUGUACCAAGUUUGCAGAAGUAGUUGUGACGGUCUGAUAUGCCUCUACGGUAUUUACAAUUCAGGUAUUGUGGUUAAUCCCACCACUAGAUGGCAUCGAGCUAUUCCUCUCUCUAACUAUCAGCUCAUCAGUAACGAAAUUCGUAAAAGAGACAGAGAUCUUGGACACACAUUCCCAGGUCUUGGGUUCGGUAAAGACAAGCUCAGGAGCAUAUACAAGCCGGUUUGGUUGUACAACUCAUUGGAAUUAGGGCUAGACGAGGCCACGACAUGUGAAGUCUUUGAUUUCAGCACCAACGCGUGGAGGAAGGUUAUCCCUGCGUCUCCUUGUCGGGUUCUUGCUUUCCAUGAUCCUAUAUAUUUUGAUGGCUCUCUUCAUUGGUUCACCGACCCGUACGAGGGCGAAACAAAUGUUUUGUCUUUGGAUCUUCACACCGAAACUUUUCAAGUCAUCUGUAAAGCUCCCUUUGUUGUCCCCGACUCUCCUACAGAGAUCAACAUGUGCACCCUUAAUAACUGUUUGUGCGUAUCCUUGAUGGACUGGCCUGAGCAAAAGAUAUGGUCCUUCAAUGCAGAGGAGGAGACGUGGCAGGUGAUAUAUUCGAUAGAUCUGGUUAGAACUUUUGAAUGGUUUCGGUUACACAUGUUUGCACUCACGCCACUAGCAGUUUUGGGGAAGAAUAAAUUACUGCUAAAUAACCUUGAACGUGGGAUUCAACUGGUGAUACACGAUCCUCGAGCCGGAUCAUAUGAUUUAGUUUUCAAUGCUAAAGCAAGUGGAUAUACUCUCUGUUAUUUCCAGAGUUUGAUCUCUAUAUUGUGA